AGAUGUCAACGAAAAGUUUCGUUGAUUUCGUUUGGUGUUUCGUUAAAUAUCAAGCCUUUCGUCAAAUGACAGUGAAAUACGCCAAUUGGACGCACAUGUUAUUUGUUUACCUCUUUGCACAUUGAUUUGGCGCAUCCUUACUAGCCGGCAGACAAUUUCGUUUGAUAAUAAACGGGAAUUUCAGCUCUUUCUCUUUCAACAUGGCUCUAUGGAAUCAGCGAAAUUUAGCUCCACCAGUAGUUCUAAAUGCCCCGGUCAAAUCAAAACACAUCAAGAAAGACAUUUCUGCCCUUGCCGAAACGAGCAAAAACAUGUUAAAAUAUUACUCAACGCUUGGCAGCUUCGAAAAAGCAGCGGCAUAUCAAUCUCGCUUCUGCAACUACUGGAAGAACCGUCUGCGCAACAUGCACGGAUUUCAAAUCAUGCGUCGACUCAAUCAAAUGCUGCUACGCAUGAAAAAUAUGGAUUUGGUGCGCAUUAUAAUGGAUUUCCAUGGUUUCCUCCCAGAGUCGAGCUACAUCGAGCUGGAGGUAAAUCUUCCGGUACGUUCCAACCUGGAGCAUCUGCUCGUGAAAAUGCAGGGACUUAGUAAGGUGCUGCUACGUGUCGUGUAUCUUACCAAGGAAGCCGCCCGCUAUCAUCUGAAGCAAAUAGCGAUAGGCUUCCUGUACCACAUGUACACCAUGUUCCUGGGACAGGUGGGUGACCUGUGGCUGUAUGCCCGUGCUGUCUGUAAAAGUACGGUGGAGUUUUACAAUGAGCUGUAUCCGGCACUGCUUAUUCUUCCCGAAACCAAGCAGAAAUGGCUACCAAAGGGUUACGAGCUUCCCGCUAAUUUAGCAACCUGGCUCGGGGAGGAGUAUGAUCGUGAAAUUCUGUGCACUGGUGACACAAACGUGGAACUAAACCUUGCGGAAAAUUCGAACAUUUUCAACAUUCUUCAGCAUCACACAAAAGAUGAGGAAGACUAUUUACCACCACGAGAAACGAACCCAACUGAAAUGCCCAGUAGGCAUCAACUAAGCUCGUUUAGUUCCGUACCGAAGGUGAUGCUAAUGCAAAGCUUACGUUCUGAUACUGGUGAGCUGGUAGAGAGGGCGGAAAGGACUGUUGCGCAGCACUUCGAUAUCAGCCAGUUGAACCACAUACGCUCCAAGUUUCACGUGCAACAGUUUAUCAUACAGGAGCGUAAAAAACGAACGGACUGUCCAGCGGAGGCGUUGACGCACGGCAUUUCGGAGACCGACUUUGGGGACUUUAAUGUGCGGUUAAUGAUGAACUUUAAGCAACUAUCGUCCGCUGAGUUUGUAAAGUUCUUUAAGGAACAGUUACAACAGUUGAUUAGCAUGGAUGCGUGAUUCGGUUGUUUAAAAUAAA